UCUUGAUUUACUGUCGCCCUCUGUGACGGUCUACAACUCACUACUCCCUUUCAAUUGACCCCCUCCGACCAGCUUGAGCUGCUGUUCUUCCCCACCCGUCGUAGUCAUGAUGCCUCACGACAGCUCCUGGGCAACGUCGCCCGGAGCCGCACUGCUGCCGUCGGCAGCACUGGUCUGCGCCGCAGCAUGGCCACUGUAUCUGAUUCCCCCCUCGACCGCAAGGUCAAGCAAAACAACUGGGAAGACAAUAACUUCAUCAACUACAAGAAGAUGUCUGAGAACCUCGCAAUUGUGCGAAGCCGUCUUAACAGGCCUUUGACCUAUGCCGAAAAGAUUCUCUACUCUCACCUCGACAACCCUCACGAGCAGGACAUCCAGCGCGGCUCCUCUUACCUGAAGCUGCGCCCUGACCGCGUCGCGUGUCAGGAUGCCACUGCGCAGAUGGCCAUUCUCCAGUUCAUGUCCGCCGGCAUGCCUUCCGUCGCCAACCCCACCACUGUGCACUGCGAUCACUUGAUUGAGGCACAGAUUGGAGGCGCCAAGGAUCUUGAGCGCGCCGUCAACAUCAACAAGGAAGUAUACGACUUCCUUGCCUCCGCCUGCGCCAAGUACAACAUCGGCUUCUGGAAGCCCGGUUCCGGUAUCAUCCACCAGAUUCUUCUUGAGAACUACGCUUUCCCUGGUGGUCUCUUGAUCGACAUCAUUCUCAAGCUCGCUGGCAUCUUGACUGUCAAGGGCGGCACCGGUGCCAUUGUCGAGUACUUCGGCCCUGGUACCAACACCAUUUCCGCCACCGGCAUGGCGACCUGCUGCAACAUGGGAGCUGAGAUUGGCGCGACGACGUCCGUCUUCCCUUUCAACGACCGCAUGUACGAUUACCUGGCAGCCACCAAGCGCAAGGAUAUUGGUGACUUCGCUCGCACCUAUGCUCACGAGCUCAAGGAGGAUGAGGGUGCUCAGUAUGAUCAGCUGAUCGAGAUCAAUCUGUCUGAGCUCGAGCCCCACAUCAACGGACCUUUCACCCCGGAUCUGGCCACCCCCAUCUCCAAGUUUGCUGAGGCUGCCAAGGCCAACAACUGGCCUGAGGAGCUCAAGGUCGGUCUCAUCGGUUCUUGCACCAACUCCUCUUAUGAGGACAUGUCCCGUGCUGCUGCCAUCGCCCGUGACGCUCUCAACCACGGCAUCAAGGCCAAGGCUGCUUUCACUGUCACUCCUGGUUCCGAGCAGAUCCGCGCUACUAUUGAGCGUGAUGGUCAGCUCCAGACUUUCGAGGAAUUCGGCGGCAUGGUCCUUGCCAACGCUUGUGGUCCCUGCAUUGGCCAGUGGGAUCGUCAGGACGUGAAGAAGGGCGAGGCCAACUCCAUUAUCUCGUCUUACAACCGCAACUUCACCGGUCGCAACGACGGCAACCCUGCCACCCACUCUUUCGUCACCUCGCCUGACCUGGUUGUCGCCAUGACCAUUGCCGGUAGCCUGCACUUCAACCCCCUUACAGACACUCUCAAGGAUAAGGACGGCAAGGAGUUCAAGCUGUCUCCCCCUACUGGUGACGGUCUUCCCCAGCGUGGUUACGAUCCCGGACAAGACACCUACCAGGCCCCUCCCCAGGACCGUGCCUCUGUCAACGUCCAGGUCUCCCCCACCUCUGACCGUCUCCAGGUUCUUGAGCCCUUCACGCCUUGGGAUGGCAAGGAUGCCACUGAUCUCCCCAUUCUCAUCAAGGCCCAGGGCAAGACCACCACUGACCACAUUUCCAUGGCUGGCCCCUGGUUGAAGUACCGUGGCCACCUGGACAACAUUUCCAACAACAUGUUGAUCGGCGCCAUUAACGAAGCCAAUGGCGAGGCCAACAAGAUCAAGAACUUCACCACAGGCGAGUUUGGUGCCGUUCCUGCUGUUGCCCGUGACUACAAGGCCAAGGGCAUCAAAUGGGUUGUCGUUGGCGACUGGAACUACGGCGAGGGUAGCUCUCGCGAGCACGCUGCUCUUGAGCCCAGGCACCUUGGAGGACUGGCUAUCAUCACCCGCAGCUUCGCCCGUAUCCACGAGACCAACCUGAAGAAGCAGGGCAUGCUUCCUCUUACCUUCGCCGACCCUGCCGAUUACGACAAGAUUAAGCCUGAUGACAAGGUUGACAUCCUUUGCACCAACAUUGCUGUCGGUCAGCCUAUGACGAUGGUCGUGCACCCCAAGGACGGCGCGGCCUACGAAGUCAAGCUGCUGCACACUUACAACGAGCCCCAGAUUGAAUGGUUCAAGAACGGCAGCGCCCUCAACACCAUGGCUAAGGCUGCCAAGGCGUAA